AAUGAAACUUGGAAGGGGCGCGCCUUCAAAAAGAAGAAAUUGUUUCAUUUUGAAAAGGGAAACUAAAGGCGAUGGAUGGACUGAGCUGAAAACCAGAGCAAGUGAUGGAGAACAAACAUAUUUUUGUCUCCCAGCAACUUAUUGAGUAAUUGGAGGACCAGACAUAGCGAAGUGAGUGAGUAAGGAUAGAGAAUAUUUCAUAUACUCGCAAAAUUACAUCCGAUGUGUGUUGCACCGUUUUUGUUUAAAAAAAAGAAGAAAAUAUGCAUGAACAGACGUAGCAGGAGUUCUCAGAACUCGGCUGAAUCCUGGUUUUGAACUAACUGUUGUAGACUGAAGAAAAAAGUGUUCAACUUAUUUAGACAAGCUGUGAUUAUUUGUAAAGUAAGUUCAUACAUGUUUUAGUGUUUAUAAAGAAUUAAUCAACAUAACUCAUUGGCAUGCAAUUUAUUUUUAUUGGUAUAACGGUGUAACCAGCCACACAAUCGAACUUUUUCGCAAGCACCAACAUGAUGACCACACAAUUUGAAAUAGGCUUGCCGGAUAACAAUAACAUGUUAUAUGUUUUAGAUAUUGAUACAAUGCAGCCUGUUUUCAAUACACUUUUCCCAUCCAAGCUAUGACCGAUUCUGGACCGUCUAGAAAAAUGUCACGGGCAAAGUUGGUGAUACUUGGACGAGACAACUGUGGAAAGACAGGUAUUGAAAAUUAUUUUAAAUGAAGACUGAUGGCUUAAAUUGAGUGGGAUAUUGAAUGGCUCAUCCAGGACUGACUUUUUAAAAAAGUCUAAAGGUGAGACAAAUCUGCAAUACAAAAAUGAAUGUAAAAUAAUAAUACUCUGAAUUGUUGAUACUAUGUUAAUUUAGUAUGAUGUUUACUAUGCUAUUUACUAAUAUGUACUAUCAGUAGCCUAGGCUUAACUAAUGUGGGGAGGUCUACACAAGGGGAAAUAUUUCAAAUACCUGAGUGCUCAUGGUCUGCUUUGUUUUAACUGCAGCCCUGUGUGUUAGAUUCAUCACCAAGCGGUACAUAGGAGAGUAUGACCAUAAAAAGGGUAAAGACAAACUGCAUCUAAUUUUACUGUCCCUUAUGUAAGUUGCCACUUGACUAUAUUAGGCUGACAGCAUUCUGUCUGUGGUGUUCUCAUACAGAAGUAACUUACAGGUGUCGGAAAACUGUGGACAAGGAGACCAUCGAUUUGGAGAUAUUGGACACAGCCAAAGGUACUAUCCAAAGACUGAGGUCCAUCAUACUCUUGGCUUUACUUUGAUCUCAGAAUUCAGUCUAUAUUUGACUAUUUGGGGGAUUUGUUUCUCUCUGCCCUAUGUCAGACCUCUAUAAACCCAAAGAGGAAGAUUACUCUCAGUCUCAGACAACAACCAGACCCCCAUACCAUUCCUUUCAAGUCUGUUUUCUUGAAUCAUGGUGCCUUAAAGUGUCUUGGACAUAAUAUCAACAAUGUUGACAUUGAUCAAAUAUAAUGGUACUGAGGACCAGAAACAUCUGAUGCGACAAUGAAAAGAACACUCAAGGCCAUUUGAGUGGAUUAACUAUCCCAUCUACUGUCAGUAGUUUUGAAUGAAGAUUAAACUAAAAAGUAAACAGCCGUCUCAUCACUUAACCUGUCAAAUGGAAACUCACAAGGUCAAGGAUGUGGUAUGUGCACAUCCUGCAAAAAAACAUGCUCCAGGUGCUUGAGCUUCAAGUUCCUUGGUGUCUACAUCACCAACAAACUAUCAUGGUCCAAGCACACCAAGGACAGUCGUGAAGAGGGCACAACAAAACCUAUUCCCCCUAAGGUGACUGAAAAGAUUUGGCAUGGGUCCUCAGAUCCUCAAAAGGUUCUACAGCUGCACCAUCGAGAGCAUCCUGACUGGUUGCAUCACUGCCUGGUAUGGCAACUGCUCAGCCUCCGACCGCAAGGCACUACAGAGGGUAGUGUGUACAGCCCAGCACAUCACUGGGGCCAAGCUUCCUGCCAUCCAGGACCUCUAUACCAGGCGGUGUCAGAGGAAGGCCCUAGAAAUGGUCAAAGACUCCAGCCACCCUAGUCAUAGACUGUUCUCUCUGCUACUGCACGGCAAGCGGUACCGGAGCGCCAAGUGUAGGUCCAUGAGGCUUCUAAACAGCUUCUACCCCCCAUAAGACUCCUGAACAUCUAAUCAAAUGGCUACCCGGACUAUUUGCAUUGAUUUAAACAAACAAUCGUAGAGAACAAAACAAAUCCACACACUGGCAUAUGCUCCCAAAAGUGCUAUGUCCCUGCUAGAGUCGAAAUGUUGCCAUGAACAGACCACUUUUAAGAGCAUAAAACCAGUGUGCAGAUGUAUUUAGUUCUUUAUUAAAUCAAAACUCAACCUUUGUGGUCCCCCCCUCCCCCCAUAUCUCGUUAUCUCUCUCUCUGCAGGAGUGUGUGGGUUCUGCAGCACCUUCUCUUGAGAGUUCCAUUAAAUGGGGCGACGGUUUCCUUAUUAUGUAUUCCAUCACAGACCGGAGCAGCUUUGAGUCCGUCUCACGCUUAAAGAGGCUUAUUGAUCAUGUCAAGCAGACCCUGGGUGAGACAGCUAUUUUGACCUUUGGAAACACUAGGGGAAAGGGCAAUCAAAUAGAGUCUGGGGUGGAGGGCAUCUCAUUAUUGCAGAGGUUACAUCUUCUAAGAGGCUAUAGGGCAGCCUAGAACCAAACCCACCCAUGACUCUUACAGAACCUACGUCACAUAGGCUAGUCCAGCUAUCUUUUCAUUGAAGGAAAUUCAGCUUUUGUAUAAGGUUUAUCUAAUUUAUCGGAAUGAUUCCAUUAAAUCACUCAUGACUAGGGGAACUGGUUUUAUCAAGGCUGUGUUAAGCUGAGUUUGACUGCUUACAGCUUUUGCUGUAAUAAAAGACUUAAGCCACUGUUACACACCAGGACAGUGAAUCCACCAGGCAAGGUUUAUAAAACAGUAGGUCUGCUUAUCGUAACUGCAAACGUGGUGGUUGUCUUUUCUCAGUUGUCACUUUUACGACAGUGCAUAGCCUCAAAUCCUUGCAAGAUAGAUCAUCUUAAACAAGAUCAUCUCUGUGUGUAUUGUGUGUGUGUGUGUUUUGUGUCCCUUUAAUAGGUUUCUAAAGUCUGUUUUAUGCUUUCAACAGGCAUGCCUACUGUAAUAGUUGCGAAUAAAUGUGACAUAGAGAAUGGAAGGAUGGUGCAGACAGAAGAAGGAAAGGCCCUUGCCAGUGAUCUGAGGUAACAUGUUUCCAUUGAUUCACUUGUCUGGUGCCAUCAGCAACAAUUUCCAUUCAGUUAUAUUCUUAUUAGCCUUGGAACACUGAAUCCUACUACAUUUUGAAGAUGUGUGAAGUAAGAUGUAGUAAAAGUUUUUGCCAACACAAGUGAAUGAAAAUAUAAUCAGCCAGUGGUGAAUGAUCCAUGCUGGAAAACCAUUUCUUUGUCCCUCAACCAUAUCCAUACAUUAAAUUGACCAGUUGUCAAUGUCCAUUUGUUUUCAGUGGGCGAUGAAGAAUGGAGAACGUAUCUUUAGCCUCUUGUGUAUGUUCAGGUGCAGCUUCUUUGAGUUGUCUGUGGCGGAGUGUUCUGCGGCUGUGGAGGUAGCGGUUGAGAAGUUGGUACGAGAGGUGCGUCUGGAGUACCACCGCCACCUACUGGCCAUGGACAAACGCUCACGCAUGCUCCAGAUGAGGCAUGCACUGAGCCGCAAGCUCACCCGCAGCAAGACCAUGCAGUGG